GCUGCCCAAAGAUAUGCCUUUAUUAAACAGCAAGAGAGAAAAUAGUGUGAAAACAAUGAAAACAGCUCAAGUUAGAACCAGUUUAAGAGCAGAGAGCAGAUUUCAAAGUAAAGCUCGGUAACGAGGAGGAGGAGGAGGAGGAGGAAGGCCGCUGACAUUCAGCUGUCUGGAAAGGCCCGGGUCAGUUGGCCGCUGGCGCGCUGAGAGAAGCGGUUAAAUUUAGAGCAGAGUCACCGCUGAUGACCUCAACCAGCCGCCGUGAGUCCGGCGGGACGUCCUGAGGUCCAGAAAGAACCGGGCUGGACCCCGCGGAGCUGCUCCACCUCCACCUGUCUGAGGCGGGACCGCAGACCGGACUGAGCACAGCAGGAGCCCGGCGGUUCCGAAGGUUUGGGUCGAUCAGGACAGAACAGAUGAAACAUGCGAUCCAGGAGCUGCAGCACUGCAGGCCCAGAGGAUGGAGGCAUUCAGACGCACGGCAAGGCCUUCACCAAGCAGCAACAGGUGGAGGAGGGGGAGAAAGAAGCACCAGAAGCGAUGAAGAGGAGGAAUAAAAUACCAAAACAGGAGAAAGAUGGCCGAACGGCAAACAAAACUGCAAAAUGUCCAGAGAGAUGCAGGACGAAUCCUCCGGACCUGACCAGGACCGACCUGCUGCAGCUGCUGGGCGUCAUGGAGGGGGAGCUGCAGGCCCGGGAUGACGUCAUCAGGCUGCUGCGGUCCGACAGAACCGGACCGGAGACCCUGGAGGCCCACUACGGCUCUGCUGCCCCCUGCAGGCCGCUGCAGGCGCUGCAGAGGGACGCCACGCUUCUCCAUGGCAACCAGCGCACAGAGGACGUGUACGAGAGGCCGAUGGCUGAGCUGGACCGUCUGGAGGACAAGCAGAAGGAGACGUACAGGCGGAUGCUGGAGCAGCUGCUGCUGGCGGAGAAAUGCCACCGCCGCACCGUCAUGGAGCUGGACGGCGAGAAGCGGAAACACGCCGACUUCAUCAACAAGAGCGACGACUUCACCAACCUGCUGGAGCAGGAGAGGGAGAGACUGAAGCGGCUGCUGGAGCAGGAGAAGGCCCAGCAGGCCCGGCGGGACCAGGACCAGCGCCGGAGGCUGGACACGCUGCAGGACGAGCUGGGGAAGCUCCAGUCCUUCACUCUGCUGCUGGCGGACGAGCGGCAGCUGCACGUCCAACACAUCGGCCAGCAGGACCAGAAGAUCCAGGACCUCAGCCAGAAGCUGCAGGACCGGGAGCGGCGGCUGGCCGCGUCCAGCACCGCCGCCCUGCAGGACGGGCAGAAGGCGCUGCGCCUGGAGGCGGAGCUGGAGGCCCAACAGGCGAGGUUCAGGCAGGAGCACCAAGACCUGCUGGCCAAGAUGGCCGACCAGGAGUCCCAGAACCAGCAGCUGAGGCUGAAGCUGGACGGGCUGGCGCAGAGGGCCGGGGAGCUGCAGGACAGGAACGCGCUGCUGCAGAAAUCUGAGGAGGACCUGCAGCAGCUGCGGGAGAAGAUCGGCAGUGGAGAGCGCGGGAACUCCUCCCUCACCGCAGAGCUGGAGAACCUGAGGAAGAAAGUCCUGGAGAUGGAGGGCAAAGACGAGGAGAUCACCAAGACCGAGACGCAGUGCAGGGAGCUGAGGAACCGGCUGCAGGACGAGCAGAACCGCAACCAGGAGCUGCGGCUGCAGGUGGACGGCCUCCAGAAGAGGAUGGCGGAGCUGGACAGGCUGGAGGCGGCGUUCGGCAGGAGCCGGACGGAGAGCGCCCAGCUGCACCAAAACCUGGAGAAGGAGAGGAAGGCGGUGAAGGACCUGGGCACAGACCUGGAGCGGCUUCGGACUCGGCUGAAGGAGCUGGAGUCGUCCGAGUCCAAGCUGGAGACAAACGAGUCGGCCCUCAGAGAGGAACUGCUGAAGCUGAAGUCCUUCACCAUCAUCCUGGUGGACGAGAGGAAGACGAUGGGGGAGCGGCUGAAGCAGGAGGAGCAGAAACACGAAGACUUGAGUACGAUGCUGAAGGCAGAGCAAGGGAAGGUCACGGAGGUCACCGAGAAGCUGAUAGAGGAGAGCAAGAAGUUCCUCCGGUUCAAGUCAGAGACACAAGUCCAGCUGGAAGGUCUGACUCUGGAGAGGGAGGAGCUCCGAUCGACGCUGAGGAACAGCGAGGGAGAGCGCGACGAGCUGAACGAGAAGCUGAAGAAGAUGGGAGCAGACAGACUGGAGGAGAUGGCCAACAGAGACCGAGAAGAAGACGACCGAGUCCAGAAGCUCACCACCGAGAUAGAGAGGCUUAGAGGCCGGCUGGAGCAGCUGCAGGUGGUGGAGGGAGACCUGAUGAGGUCGGAGGACGAAUACGACCUGCUGGAGAAGAAGUUCAGACACGAGCAGGACCGAGCAAACACGCUGUCCAAGCUGGUGGACGAGAUGAAGGCUCAGGUGGCCAGGAGCAAAGCAGUGGAGCGAGGCGAGGCCAAGAGCCUGGAGGCCCAGCUGAGGAUCCGCUGCAAGGUGGAGGAGGCCAAGACCAGAGAGCUGCGGGUCCAAGUCCUGGCCCUCAAGGAGAAAAUCCACGAACUCAUGAACAAGGAGGACCAGCUCUCCCAGCUGCAGGUGGACUUCUCCGUCCUCCAGCAGAGGUUCCUGGAGGAAGAAGAGAAGAAGAGGCGCCUGAGUGUGGAUGUGGAGAACCUGGCCAGGGAGCUGGAGGCCUCGAAGCGCUACAGCCGAGCCCUGAGGCCCGGUGUGAACGGCAGGAGGAUGGUGGACGUCCCUGUCGCCUCCACGGCGGUCCAGACGGAGUCAAACGGGUCGGCCGAGGACGAAACCGCAGCCGGAUUUAUCCGGAAGUCCGUUCAGGAGGAGAACCACCUCAUGAACAACCUCAGACAACACGGCCUGAAGAGGCCGGCGGUUCUGGAUCGAUACCCUCCGGCGUCAGCAGACCAUGGAGGGAGACCCUCAACACCCUGGAUGGGCAAGAAGGAGGCCGUCACUCCGACUCAGACCAGAGGCUCCUCCUCAAUGCCCCCGAAUCUGGGACGACCCCUUCACAUCCGUGUGACACCAGACCACGGGUCGAGCACGGCCACCCUGGAGAUCACCAGCCCGCGGGCUGAGGACUUCUUCUCCAGCACCACCAUCAUCCCAACGCUUGGUCUUCAGCAGCCUCGCAUCACCAUAGUCCCCAAACCCUCAACUGUCUGUACUGUAAGCAGAGACCCUGAUCGGGUCAAGUCUCCAGUUACGGUCACCAGCAUCUCCAGGACCAAGAGUCCAGAGAAGCCCAACAGCAUCGCUGGGCUGCAGUCGCCGGUGUCCAUCAUCACAGUCAGCACCACGCCGGUAGCUGAGGCGUGUGCUUCAUCCGACCCUCACGAGAGCACCACCAGGCGGACGCUGAUCAAGAUGACACCACCAGACAGGAAGUUCAGCAGCAACAUCAUAACGACGGAGGACAACAAGAUCCACAUCCACCUGGGCUCCCAGUUCCAGAGGAGCGCUGAGGGCAGCAGCAGUCCUCUCAGACCAACAGGCAGUAGCUGCGACUGCCAGGAAACUGGAACGGUGCUCCGCUCCCCACGCCAGAACAAGAUGACCAGCAGUAUAACCAUCAACCCUGUGACCACUGCAGCGUCCAGACCCACGCAGUCUCUGCUCAGUUCGGCUCCGAGCGCAGCCUCACGGAUCCCUGUGCAGCUCAACGGGAAGACGGUUGUGGGUGUGUCCGCUGUGACGAGGCUGGAGUCCCGGGCCGAAGGCCCGGCGGUGAAGAUCGAGCUGAGGAAGUCGACGGUGUGCAGCUCGGCCUCUGCAGCAGGAAAGAGCUGAGAGUCUGAUACCGAGGAUCCGGCUGCUCAUCGGUCACUACUUCGGUUUGCUGCUUCGAACGGAUGCUGAUCCCAGCCUGGUUCUGUUGGGUUCUGUUGGGUUCUGUUUGCACCGUCGCCAAGCUGCUGUCACUGUUCCUGUUUGAUGCCACGCCAGCUUCACUGCAGGUUUGGACUCCAGAGGCACCGACACCAUUUCUGACCAGAACCAAAUAAACUAUCUAUCUGAACUUCA